GCCACCUUAUGAGACAAACCCUUCAAUAACCCAUAUCAAUGAAGAUCAACACAAACUUAUUAAGGAACUAGACAUAACUAAGCACCUUAUUUCAAUGGGUUUCCAGGAAGAUCAUGUGAUGACAACGUAUCAUAAUCAACUCAAAGAGAAGGGGUUACCUUUCUUUGACAUUGAGUCAUUUAUUGAAGCAGUCUUACAGUACAUGGAAAACGAAGUUAGAAAAUGUCUAGUAAAUAAAUUGGCAUUGGCUGAAGUUGAUGUUGUCCCAAGCCCAGCCAUAUCUGAUAGAAAUGAGUUGGCUUCUGACACAAACCAACAAGUAGAAUCAUCUACAACUUUAAUGGAAUUGGCAAUGACUGAAGUUGAUGUUGUCCCAAGCCAACCAAUGUCUGAUGGAACUGAGUUGGCUUCUGACCAAAACCAACAAGUAGAAUCAUCUACAACUUUAAUACAGCCUAUAGUAGAUGAAUUGGCAUUGGCUGAAGUUGAUGUUGUCCCAAGCCAACCAAUGUCUGAUGGAACUGAGUUGGCUUCUGACCAAAACCAACAAGUAGAAUCAUCUACAACUUUAAUACAGCCUAUAGUAGAUGAAUUGGCAUUGGCUGAAGUUGGUGUUGUCCCAAGCCAACCAAUGUCUGAUGGAACUGAAGUAGAAUCUACAAUAGUUGAUGAAUUGACAUUGACUGAAGUUGAUGUUGUCCCAAGCCCACCAAUGUCUGGUGAUUCUAACCCACAACCAUUAUUUGGUAGAAUAACUGAUCAAGUUGCCACUCUCCUAAAGUCAGAAGGUACAAUUAGACACAGAGUGAUUGAGUGUAAGAUUUGUAUGGAGAAUGAGAGUGAGUUAAUGUUUUUACCUUGUAAUCACAUAUGCACUUGUUUCAAAUGUGCAUCAAACAUAUCCACAUGUCCAAUUUGCAGAGCUGAGAUAAAAUAUACUAUUAAAGCAAUUAUAUCAUAG